CCUCUCUAUCUCCCAUCUCUCUCUUCCUCUCGCUCUUUCUCGCCGCCAUCUUGGGCCGGUGGAGCUGAGGCCUGCUGGGGACAGGACUUCAAGGCAGUACCAUGACUGGCAGGUUGUGGUCCAAGGCCACUUUUGCUGGCUACAAACGAGGCCUCCGAAACCAGAGGGAGCACACUGCACUUCUGAAGAUUGAAGGAGUGUAUUCCCGUAACGAGACAGAAUUCUACUUAGGCAAGAAAUGUGCCUAUGUCUACAAAGCAAAAAACAACACGGUGACUCCUGGUGGCAAACCCAACAGGACCCGAGUAAUCUGGGGGAAGGUGACGCGCGCCCACGGGAACAGCGGCAUGGUGCGAGCCAAGUUCCGCUCUAACCUGCCUGCCAAAGCCAUUGGACACAGGAUCCGAGUGAUGCUGUAUCCAUCUAGAGUCUAAAUUUCUACUGAAAAAUAAAAUUCAGAAUAUAUUCCACUAUUGUA